AUGACCAAAAAUAAAUUUGUGCAGGGUGUCAAUCUAAUCCGGAUUUCAAUGAGGAUUAUGCUGAUUGUUUACAUUUUUGCACUUAAAAUAACAAUAAGGAAAUUUGAAGAAUAUAAAAAAGACAGAAGUUUAAAAUAUAAUGACUUCUACUCCCUUGAUGACAAUUCUCGCUGCAUAACUGGAAGUAGAAGUGAAACUCACAGCACUUAA